CAGUCCAAAAGUCGAUGUAUAAAUUUGGUACAAAUUAUUAGUAUCAAGAACAGACAUGGAUUUGGAUCAAGAAUGGACAGAAAUACGAAUUAUAGGCGAAAGAAAAGAUACAAUAUUUUACCAAUCAUUAUUAACUCUUGUUUUUCUUGCUCGAUACUGGAAUUUAGUGGUUGAAUACACUGAUUCUUCCCUAUAUUCGUUGAGUACUAGAGCUGCAUGUAUGAUGUCCAAAGGUAAAUUAUUUUCUGUUUUAUUGUCUGAUCCAGUAUUGUGUUUGUCAUAAACUAUUAAAAUGAUUAAUUGGGUGCAUAAUAUACAUUAAGAGAGUGAUUAGAAAAAAAUAUGAAGUGCUCAUAAAAAAAAUUUACUUUAUUCGUCUAAUUAAGUUAUUUACUCAAUUACAUCCUAAAUUUCACUUAAGUUGAUUAUGAGAAAUUUGAAUACCAUGCAUAGUCUUUUGAAUAUAUGUACUCAUUGUAGUAAUAAAGAUGUAUUACACACAUUAAUUUGCUAAUACUAAUGUCAAUGUUCAAACUAUUGUUAACCCAGUGAUCUAUAAGGUGAGGUAUGGCACCUCACAAAUGAUGUAGUUUCAAUUUUGGUAAUUUUUUUUAACUUACAAACUUAUAUUAUUAUGUAAUUUUAAAGUAUUACACCACUUUUUUAUAUAGAUAUGAAAAUGUUUAAUCAUUGUAUUAAUAUAUGAAUUAUUGAAUAUUACAAAUUUUAUAUGUUGACAUCUUUAUUCAUGCCUAUAAUACCAUGAUCUAACGUAACUAAGGCAAAUUGAUUUGUCGUUUAUUUAACCCACGGACACUUUGGGAAGCAAAGGUUGCAGUGGUAGACAAAAUCAUGGAAGAUCCUUCAAAUAACAUUCCAAAAGGGUCAAUUUAACUUAGCACUUUUAGAUUAUACCUAAAACAUUUAACGAAUAUUGUUAAGGUUUUCAAUAGGACAAGCCGUUACCUAGGGUAGAUUAGUCACAGAAGAAAUGCACCCUUCAUGGUUUUGGCUCAAAGACACGCGUAUAUCUACAAAUCCACUUCGGUAUCUCCGCGAUAAAGGGUUCGAGUUUAAUGGCUUAUGAUUGUCGUUAAAUGUAGUUUUCUAUUGUGACAGAUUUUGACACUUCACACGUGCAGCAUUAACUGCAAGUUCUAGGAGCUAAUCGGCAUCGUCCAAUCCUCCAUUUCAUAAAGUAAUCAAUCUCCACCGUCUAUGUCUAUUAUUUUCAAAUUAAACAAUGUAUUUCAAAUUAUUUUCAAACAACUGACAAGUCUAAAAAAUAUAUCCCCUUAAAAUUUGUACACAACAUUUUGAAAAAAAUAUGAGUCACAGAUCAUACAUUAAAAUCAUAAAAAUGUGUCCCAGUGUGGAAUAUUGAUUGUUAGAAAGCAAACAAUUCUGUAUAUGGCCCUUUGACCACAAUUUGCCGUUUAUACCCCUAGCUAGGCCUAUAAAUAUGCGGCUCUUCAUGCCAGAUUGCCAUGCACAAAACAGAGUAAACCCACCUUCUAAUUAAAUAAGAAUAGGAAGCACAUAGCUAGCUCCAUUGAAAUUUGAAGAAUGGAGGAAAUGAAAAACAAGGCAACGGUGGAAGCACUCUACAAGGCACUGUUGGGACAGGGCCAAAUGGAAAUGGUGACAAACAUGUUAGCAAGUGACCUUGAGUGGUGGUUCCAUGGCCCCCCACAGUGCCACCACAUGAUGAGGGUGCUCACCGGAGAAAUUGAACACAACAAGGGGUUCCGAUUCGAGCCGAGGAGCGUCACCGCCAUCGGAGAGUGUGUGAUCACCGAGGGAUGGGAAGGCCAGGCUUAUUGGGUCCAUGUUUGGACAGUGAAAAAUGGUCUCAUCACACAAUUUAGAGAGUACUUCAACACAUGGCUUGUGGUGAGAGAUUUGAGGCCACCAGGGUGGCAAAGCAAACAUGACAACAUCACAUUGUGGCAAAGCCAGCCUCGUGAUCUCUAUAGCCGCUCACUUCCUGGAUUGGUAUUAGCAAUUUAGUUCUAAGAAAAAUACUAGUAACGCACUCUCCAGUCAAAUUUACUAAAUCACAUCGAUCUUACGUUUUAUUUAAUGAAUGUUAUUAUUAUUUAUUGAAACUUUCAUGAACAAUCUUAAUGGGGUAAAAGUUUUCUGCAAUAUAACAAGGGACAUAAUUGAAUCGAUAUCAUGAUAUGUUGGGGUAUCAAUGCAAUGCGGAAGACUUGAUUAAAUUUAAUUGAAAAUAAAGAGAAGGAAGAGAAUAAUGGAGACAAGAUUUUAACAUGAGAAAAACUCCAACUCGAAAAAAAAAAUCUACAGACAACGACGAACAAAGUUAUUCCACUAUGUAAAAAGGAAAGUACAAGAAGUCCUCUAAAAUUAUGAGGACAGAGUAAUAAAUCACUCUAUAUUUCUCUCAAUAAAUACUCUCUCAAGUUGAAUAAGAGCUACAAAAAUAAUACUCUCAAUUUCUCUCCGAUCCGUAAAUUGAUAUACAAAAGAUCAUAAUUUUGGUGUGUCUGUCAUUCAUUCCUACACUGGGUAUUUAUAGGCAAAAUUUUGUAAAGUUUUUCAACAAUUACUGUAGCAAUUCGGUGCCUACCAAAUGAAAAAAUCAGUGCUUACAAAGAUUAAAAAAAACAAAGUCGGUGCCUGCAAACGUUGACAAACUGAGCCACCUACUAACAAUCUCCACCUUGGAUCAGUUUUGAUAAAUUGCUCGACGUCGUUUAAACCCCGAAGGGCAUUCAAGUGCUGUAGAGACCAACCAAGUCCAAGCAAUGCUGGAACUUGGCCUUUGGAAGAGGCUUAGUAAGCAUAUAAGCUGGAUUCUCAGAUGUAUGAAUCUUCUGAACCACGACUUCACCCUUAGCAACAAUUUCUCGGAUAAAAUGAUGUCUCACAUCAAUAUGUUUUGUCCUGUCAUGGUAGCGGUUAUGCUUGGUCAAGUAAAUAGCACUCUGACUAUCACAAAACACAGUAAGAACAUCCUGUGUAAGACCAAGUUCAUUAAUCAAACCUUUAAGCCAAAGAGCCUCUUUCACACCCUCUGUUGCUGCAACAUAUUCAGCUUCAGUCAUAGAUAAUGAUGGAAGAGACUGAAGCUGAGCUUUCCAACUAAUAGCACAGUUACAGAGAGUAAAUAUGUAACUAGAAAGAGAUCUUCUUUUGUCAAGAUCACCACCAUUAUCCGAAUCAACAAAACCUGUAACUUCAGUUGUUGCAUGAUUUCUAUCAAAUACCAAGCCAAUAUCAGAAGUACCUUUGAGAUACCAAAAAAUCCAUUUUACAACACUCCAAUGAUCCUUUCUAGGAUUAUGCAUAUACCGACUCACCAUACUAACGGCAUAUGCUAAAUCAGGUCUAGUGCAUACCAUAGCAUACAUAAGACUGCCAACAGCACUAGCAUAAGGAACGCGUGACAUACGCUCCAUGUCUUCCUCUGUCUCAAGACAAAUGUCAGAUGAUAACUUGAAAUGUGUAGCAAGUGGAGUAGAAACAGAUUUGCAAUUAGACAUAUUAAACCUGUCAAGCACUUUCUCAACGUAUUUUUGUUGAGAUAGGAACAAUUUACCAGCUUGACGAUCCUUGCAAAUCUCCAUACCAAGAAUCUUCUUAGCUGCACCCAAUUCUUUCAUCUCAAACUCAUUAUUGAGUUGAGUUUUCAAUUUCUUGAUCAGAGAUUUGUCACGUGAUGCAAUCAACAUAUCAUCAACAUAUAGUAACAAGUAUAUGUAAGAUUCAUCAGGAAGUUUUUGAAAAUAAAUACAGUCGUCAUGUUGACUUCUGCAAUAACCUUGCCCAAUCAUAAAGGAAUCAAACCUUUUGUACCAUUGUCUUGGAGCUUGUUUGAGUCCAUAUAAAGAUUUCUUCAAUCAGUAGACAAGAUGCUCUUUACCAGGAACAAUAA